AUGAAAGUGGCAACUGAUCCUAAAAUGAAUUCAAUCGCUUCACAGGAAAAAGAUGAAAAUGAAUUGCUUAGUGCAAAGAUCGCACGUGGAUAUGCGCGAAAAUCAGUAUUAUGCAAUGAAAAAGCAAUAUUUCCUCAUCAGGAAGAACUCCAACAAAAAACUCUUGACGAAAAAUCUGAAAAAGAUGGUUGUUUAACACAGGAGCUAUCUGAUAUAACUGAAAUAGAGGAAAAUGUCGCCUCAUAUUCCUUAUCUUUUUUAUCCUAUCUAUAUAAGCGUAUGAUGCAUGAUGAAUGCAUGCGAAUGCUAACUGCGCUAAAUUUUAUGAUAAUUUUAUUAUGCUUUUGCUUAUUUAUAAGUGUGAUAAUCUUCCUGGUUAAGGCACAUAAUAUCAAUAACAUGAAAGUAAAAAUUUCUGAAAACGAAUUGCCAUGCAUGUAUCAAUGGAGUGAGUGGAACGCAUGUUCAGAGACAUGCAUGAGCACAUCAAAAAUGCCUACCCGAUCACGUCAUGUAAUUAAAAAAAGCAUUAUUCGCUCUCGCGGCAAAUUCCCUCCUUGUCCUGAAAAUUUGGCAACAAUGGUUGAAAGAAUGCCUUGCAAUAUUUAUCGAUGUCCAGUGAAUCUCAGUUCAAUAACCGGGUGGACACAAUGCUCCUACAAGAAUCCAAGUAAAGGUGAAGCAGACGGUUGUUAUAGAAUACGUGACAUUCCAACUGUUAAUCAACUCAUUUAUAUCGAUACCACAAAUGUUAUGGAAGAUUGCAAAUGUCCAUCUAUCAUUUUCUAA